CCCCAUUCCUUUCCUCCCCUGAAGCCCCGCUAUCUUUAGCACUGUCGCGGAUUACCGUGCACUGAGAGCAGGAUCGACUACCUGCCCCAUCGCUUCCCCCCAAGCCCCGAAGAGAGCUCCUCAAAACGAACUACACAGCGACAUAAAUCCCCACAAAGGAUGGGGGAAUGACAACGAAAUUCCCGUUCGCGGUUCUCCGUUCCCGACAAGACUACCACCUCCAGCACCCGCGACGAUGCUGCUGCUCUCCAGCCCGCGGAGUGAACGCCAACGCCGGGCCUCGACGUUGCUCCUUGCCGCGGUCGUGCUCUGCGUCUUUCGCGCUGCUGCAAGCCUGCCAGCCGGCAGAACGUGCCCUCACCACAUCGACUGUGCCAAAGAGGGACGCCACCUGUGCCGACCCGGAUUCACCACCUGUGGCUCCUGCCUCGCUCCGCUGGUGGAGGACGAGACUGGUCGCUGUGUGACCAAAAGGAGAUAUCAUCAACAUGCUAAAGCGCCAUUGUACCCAGACUUGGAUGAAGAGAUCGAUUUCAUCCACUCAUACAUUGAAAAACAGGAAGUGUCUGCGAUCGAAGCACCCAAAACACAUUUGAAACCUCCCGUCGCCGUCCUCUCAGCCAAAAGCCGAAUCAAGAUCGCCGCCUCCGAACAGGGGCAACUGGGCCGAGAUGGCUCGUCCGCCCAAACCCGAAACGGCACCGCUGCAGGGUCCCGUCUCAGCAACGCGUCCACCCCGCAACCCACCCGAGGGGACGGUCGAGGCGGCCCGCUCGUCCAGAACGCUUACAAGGACGACAAGAUCAUCAUCAUUGUCAUCUCCUUGUUCGUGGCGAUCGGCACCGUAGCAUUGAUCAUGGCGACUGUCUGCUACGUCAAGUUGCGUAAAGAAUCGCGUCUGGCUCAGAAGGUGGACUAUCCCGCCUUCAGGGGUGCAGGUGUGACCGCCGCCACUGGUGCCGGUAAAUCGGUUGGGGAUAAAACUCUAGCACAAAGUGCUCAAAUGUACCACUAUCAGCACCAAAAACAGCAGAUGCUCUCUAUUGGAAAUCACAAACCGGAACAAAAAAACAUGGACUCGGAGAUCACCUCAGAUGAAGAAGAGGCAGGAGACUUCACGGUGUAUGAAUGUCCUGGACUUGCUCCGACCGGCGAGAUGGAGGUGAAAAAUCCUCUGUUUGACGACUCCACCAUGCAUUAUCAGGGGAAUCAAAAGUGAAUGCUGAACACUCACACACACACGUGCAAACACUCACACUUGCAUGCAGACAAACGGAGGAAAACUGGCAGAAGACGAGACGAUUAAAAAAAAAAUUGUAUUGUCUCUCGCUUUUGGCCCUUUACUAAUUCUUCCCGCGCCUUCUCCAUGCCUCUCUCCUUCCUGCUUUUAUGACCCUGGUGUAAUUUUGGGUUCUUUGUGAAUUUUAAGUCUUUUAACACAAAGACUCCUCCUUGAGUUGUUGCUUGUGAGCGUCCUGUCCUCAAAUUAAAUUUUAAACUCUUUACGUUGCAAUAUCUCUUUCCGUCAUUUCUGCUGCUGUUUGCGAAGACUGUGAUAAAAUAGCAAGAGCAUGUAGGAACACACACACACACACACAUACACACACACGCAUAAGCAGAAAAACAGGUGCACUUCUUUGUUUUGUCAUGCGUAGCUUGUGGCUAAACCACAUUCUUAGCAGGAAAUAUUUAACAUCCCAUCUCUGAAAUUUUAGCAUCACCGUUGCUGAUUUGAUUUUUCGUCAUAUGAGCUGCGCAUAAAGAUUUUAAGAUAUAGAAAUAUAUAUAUGUACGUACUGUAUAUCCAUAUAUAUGUUAUUAUAUAUACAUAUAUGUAUAUAUAGACGUAUAUACGUACUUAUACAGUAUGUACGCAUCCACAUAUGAAGUACUUGAUGAUGUCUGUUGCAUGGUUUGAGCGUAUUGUGCAAUGCAAAAAUCCUUCUGCCUCCUGCUUAUGCAGCCUGUCAAUAGAGGACGAAUGUACAGUCCAAGUGACAUUUGAAUGAUUUUUUUCCUGCGGUGGAGAGUAGGAAAGAUGGUAGUAGGGCUCUUUUUGGAGGGGGGGGGGGGGACAGACUAUAUUGAUAGAUGUAUCGGUGGUCAAUUUCACUAUCUUGUGUUGUCCCGCUCUGUCAUCUUGUCGGUCCCAAAGUGAAUCUCCUGCUGCAAAAAUGUACAUAAAAGCGUGAAAGUGUUCACCUUUUAUAGAUAUUUGUACAUGCAGAACAAGGAUCGGUAAUAAAACUUUUUACCACGGCA